AUGGACGGGCUUCUCAUCAAUUCCGAGGACAUGAUCACUCUGAGCACGAACGAACUCCUUGAAAAGUAUGGAAGGCCUGCCUUUACUCGGUCGAUUCGAGCUCAGCUCAUGGGUAUCCCAAACUCGAUAAAUAGCGACACGUUUCACCAGUGGGCAAAAUUACCCAUCUCCCGUGAACAAUUCGCUCGUGAAUCAAGUGAACAAAUGCGACUGCAUUUCCUGAAUUGCAAGCCGUUGCCUGGUGCGGAGAAGCUUCUAUUAAACCUCAGCCGUGCACGCAGCGCUUCUGGAGACGGGAUUGAGCUGGCAUUGGCAUCUAGUACUAAGAGCCAAAGCUACGAAAUAAAAACUUCAAGGCCCGAAACGAAAUGGCUGCCUAGCUUCUUCCAGCCUGACAGGAGGGUCCUGGGUGAUGAUCCACGAGUGGGACAAGGCCGAGGAAAGCCAGCGCCCGACAUAUAUCUAGUCGCUUUGCAGUCGUUGAACUCGACGGCAGAAUCUGGCGGGAAGCCCAUCAUGCCUAACGAAUGUUUGGUCUUCGAAGAUAGCGUGGCUGGGGUAGAGGCUGCAAGACGGGCUGGGAUGAGGGUUAUUUGGGUACCGCACCCAGAUAUGGCGGUUGAGUAUCAAGCGGUACAGAAGGACGUGCUGGCUGGGAGAACGGGAAGGUUUGAGGUUGGAGAUGACUGGCAGCUAGGAGGGAUUGAUGAUGGUUGGGCUGAAAGCAUACCGAGUCUGGAACACUUCAAUUACGAGAAGUACGGUAUCGAUGUGCCAUCCUAA